AUGGAGGGGGCCGCUGCGCCCGCGGCCCGGGACGGCCCCGAUUUGGGGUCCGGGGCGCCGGGUUCUCCCCCGGAGGCGGGGGCGGGGGCGACCGCGGCCCCCGGAGCCCCCGCGGCCCCCGCAGCCCCCGCGGCGGCCGCUCCGGAGCCCAGGAAGCCGCACGGGGUGAAGCGGCAUCACCACAAGCACAACUUGAAGCACCGCUACGAGCUGCAGGAGACGCUGGGCAAAGGCACCUACGGCAAAGUCAAGAGGGCCACCGAGCGGUUCUCGGGCCGAGUGGUUGCUAUAAAAUCCAUUCGUAAGGACAAAAUUAAGGAUGAACAGGACAUGGUUCACAUCAGACGGGAGAUUGAGAUUAUGUCAUCCCUCAACCAUCCUCAUAUCAUCAGUAUUUAUGAAGUGUUUGAGAACAAAGAUAAGAUUGUGAUCAUCAUGGAAUACGCCAGCAAAGGGGAGCUGUAUGAUUUCAUCAGCGAGCGGAGACGCCUCAGCGAGCGGGAGACCAGACACUUCUUCCGGCAGAUCGUCUCGGCCGUUCACUAUUGUCACAAGAACGGUGUGGUCCACCGGGACUUGAAGCUGGAAAAUAUACUGCUCGAUGACAACUGCAAUAUUAAGAUUGCUGACUUUGGGCUUUCCAACCUGUACCAGAAGGACAAGUUCUUGCAAACGUUUUGUGGGAGCCCACUCUAUGCGUCUCCUGAAAUUGUCAAUGGGAGGCCUUACCGAGGGCCAGAGGUGGACAGCUGGGCCCUGGGCGUGUUGCUUUACACCCUGGUCUAUGGGACAAUGCCCUUCGAUGGUUUCGAUCACAAAAACCUCAUCCGGCAGAUCAGCAGCGGAGAGUACCGGGAGCCCACGCAGCCCUCAGAUGCCCGAGGACUCAUCCGGUGGAUGCUGAUGGUGAACCCCGACCGCCGGGCCACCAUCGAGGACAUCGCGAACCACUGGUGGGUGAACUGGGGCUACAAGAGCAGCGUCUGCGACUGCGACGCCCUCCCCAACUCCGAGUCCCCGCUCCUGGCCCGGAUCAUCGACUGGCACCACCGCUCCACGGGGCUGCAGGCCGAGGCAGAGGCCAAAAUGAAGAGCCUGACGAAGCCAGGGGCCUCGGAGGUCAUGCUGGAGCGGCAGCGCUCGCUGAAGAAGUCCAAGAAGGAGAACGACUUUGCCCAGUCCGGCCAGGACGCGGUGCCCGAGAGCCCGUCCAAACUGGGCUCCAAGAGGCCCAAAGGGAUCCUCAAGAAGCGGAGCAACAGCGAGCAUCGCUCUCACAGCACCGGCUUCAUCGAGGGCGUGGUCAGUCCGGCCCUGCCCUCUGCCUUCAAGAUGGAGCAGGACCCGUGUCGGACUGGCGUGCCCCUCCCAAGCUCCCCCGAGGCGGAGGUGCCAGGCAAGCUUGGCCCCAAACAGUCGGCCACCAUGCCCAAGAAAGGCAUCUUGAAAAAGACGCAGCAGAGGGAAUCGGGUUACUACUCCUCCCCGGAGCGCAGCGAAUCCUCGGAGCUGCUGGACAGCAACGACGGGAUGGGCAGCGGCAUCCCGUCCCCCAGCCCCCCGGACACGGCCAGGGUGACCGUCCACAGCCUGUCCUGCCGCAGGAAGGGCAUCUUGAAACACAGCAGCAAGUACUCCGCGGGCGCCAUGGACCCGGCCCUCGCCAGCCCCGAAAUGCCCACACUGGAAUCCUUGCUGGAGCCCAGCGUCUCCUCCGAGGGCCUCUCCCGGAGCUACAGCCGGCCUUCCAGCGUCAUCAGCGACGACAGUGUCCUGUCCAACGACUCCUUUGACUUGCUGGAUCUGCAGGAGAACCGCCCCGCCCGCCAGCGUAUCCGCAGCUGCGUCUCGGCGGAGAACUUCCUCCAGAUCCAGGACUUUGAGGGGCUCCAGAACCGGCCCCGGCCUCAGUACCCGAAGCGGUACCGGAACCGGCUGGGAGACAGCAGCUUCUCCCUCCUCACGGACAUGGAUGACGUGACUCAGGUCUACAAGAAAGCGCUGGAGAUCUGCAACAAACUCAACUAG